AUGGACGAAAUGAAUUCGUUUGUGCCUAUGACGCCUCCGAAUCAUUUUGUCAAAGAACUGCGGGUAGUGUUGGAUCAACAGAACAUACUUUCGGCCAAAACGAAACAAAAAGUGCUGAGGGACUUGGACCAACAUAUUUGUGAUGAUAAUGAGAAACGCAUAGCAAAGUUGAGGAUUCGAUCCAUUCAAGAGAUAUGUGUCUCAGAAACAAACUAUAUCCACCAGUUGGACAAGUUGAUAGCAUAUUUUAAACGCCCAAUGGAAGAACAGAAACUUGCCUCAAGUCAAGUCAUAGGUAAAUUGUUUGGCAAUGUUGAGACAAUACUGAACGUGAAUAAAGAACUAUUGGUUCAAUUACAUCCGGCAAAAGAAAAUAUUGGACAAGUUUUCUUGAACACUGCUCCAUUUCUUAAACUUUAUUCAGUUUACGCAUUCAAUUACAAGAAUGUAUUGGAAACACUUCAAGACUUACCAAAAUCUCAUCCAAAACUCUAUCGCUUUGUAUGUACACAAGAAUCAAGGCCAGAUGUAUCUGCUAAGUUGAAUUCACUCUUGAUAACUCCCAUUCAAAGAAUACCUCGUUAUCUUAUGCUUUUACGCGAACUUCAGAACUAUACGCCUACUGAACAUGAAGGUUAUAAUGAUAUUAAAGCUGCUGUAGAACAAAUAAGUAAAGUCGCAGACCAUAUCAACAACUUAGUUCAAGAACAAGAAAACAUGUCCAGAUUAGUGAGCAUCCAACGUAGUCUUUCUGGUUGUGGCAAAGUGAACAUUGUACUACCAGGACGUAAAUUAAUUAAAGAAGGGCCUCUUAUGAAAGUGUCACCCGAGGGUAGCACAUCUAUUCCCCGUUACUUGAUAUUGCUUAGUGACAUGAUACUAUAUUGUAAAGAGUGGGUGGAUCCAGAAAAGUUGGUUUGUCUCAGAGUAUUGCCACUCAAUAAGUGUGAAGCCAAAUCUGUCAUGUACAAAAGAGGACUGUUUUCAAUAAACUGUCAGUCUGUGGAAUUUGUAUUUUACACAAUGGACGCACCUCAUGCCACAUGUUCUUGGGUAGAAAUGUUGCAGCAAUCUAUUGACAAAUGCAAAGCCAACUCUUUGAUGCCAGUAAAGAGAUGUGGUCCUUUGAAAUUGGUCAAAAGAAAAAAGGAGAACAACACAAAUAAAACUGAUGAGAAUUGUUAUUCAAGUCCGACUAAAAAAAUGAAAUCGGAUUCAACAAUUGUUAGGUCAAAUCAAAAUAUGUCAUAUAUGGCUUCAGCAAGAAAUCUCGUAUUCAGUUUUGGAUCAACAUUAAAAAAAUUAGUGGGAAGAAAUUCGGUAUAG